AUCCUCCGUAUCGUUGACACGUCCUACGAAAAGAGUGUAGAGAGUCAGUCGGUACGUUCGCUUCUCUCGUGACUCAUCUUGUGCGUUGAUCCUUGAUUUCUCGUGACACCGAGCGAUCUCGUCGUUCGGUUUCCACGAGCCUGUCGUUUCGUGGUCGACGGAGCACGUAAGCAUCUUCUUUAUUUCAAAUAACGCGCGUGCAUCGGACAGUGCGCGUGCCGUGCGACCGUUGGGUCGCUGACUUUCAAAACAGUCUCGAUCGCGCUCUCGACCUAUCGACGACAUCGUUGUGCCGGAGGAGCGCGUAUAUCGACCCGUGAUCCUCUUCAAUCGUUCUUGCGUUCGUUUAUUCUCACUGUGUCGUCAGUACGAAAAUACCGUCUCGUAUAGUGGAUUGGUGAAUUUCGGGUGUGACAUUCUUUGUUCGGUUCAGUGAACAUUUCACGGGGAACUAUGUCGUCAACUGGCAACUAUCUGUUCACCGCGGUGAUUAUCCUGAUCGUCUCUGCGACCGGAAUCAUCGCCACUGUAACCAUGGAUGCCAAGAUUCGCGACGACUCCGACUUGUCCCAGUUUUAUCAGUUAUUGGAAGCAAGUCAGGUAGCUAACACCACGCUCACGUAUCGUCACGUGACGGUUUUCGCGCCAACAAAUCGAGCUUUCCAAAAGUACAGCGGAACUACGAAAAACUUGGUUCUCUACCAUAUGUCGAACUCUCCAAAAACGAUUGAGAACCUAGGGGAUUCAAUCUCGUCGGAGUUGGAAGGUAAUCCGCCCUUGUGGGUCACCAAGAAAACUGGCACGCAUGGUCAGGAAGUCUACAUAAAUAAUGCGAAGAUCCUUAUGGAACGUAGCAAUUUCCAAUCGAAGGUUACCGUUGCUGGCGACGUAAUGACUCAGGUUUUACACAUAAUAAACGAAGUAUUGGAGCCAGUACGCUCGAAUUCCGCGGAAAUGCCAAUCUAUAGCCCGAACGCCUUCGAAUUUCUAAAUCAAAGUGAAAAUCUCGACUUGGGUGUUCAUCGUGUUCGCAUCUUCCGAAAGCGGAUCUUGACGGAGAAGAAGGAGGAAGUCUUCAAGGCGGACGGACGUUACACCUUUCUUAUCCCCGUUGAGGAGGGUUUCCGGCCGACGCCCAGGCCGGAGAAGGUUGACCGCGUGGUAAUUGAUGGUCACGUGAUACCCAACAACGUCCUCUUCACAACACCGACACCUCACAAUGUACCUUAUGAAACCCUUGCGUUCACUGACAACGUCAAGGUCACCGUUAGCUUCCUCAAGGAACACGAUAAAGUUUACGUGCAAUCGAAUACCAUAGUUGGCGACGUGAGACAUCCAACAGGAGUCGUGUUAGCAGAAAUAAUUAAACCGAACAUUCCAGUGCGCAACGGUGUAGUCCACUUGAUUCAACGACCUCUUAUGGUCGUCGAUACCACGGUGAAGGACUUCCUCGAGGAAAAGAAGGAUGGACCAGUGUAUAAGUUUUACGAGACCAUCCGAGAUUUCGGCGGCGAGAUCAUGAGCACCAUCAGUCAUCUUCGUGAUGUCACCCUGUUCGCGCCUAGCAACGCUGCUCUUGAGGAACCUGGUGUACAGAAGAUUCUGCAGAACAAGGAACGUGUGAAAGAGAUCCUGAAUCUUCACUAUGUGAAGGAACGGUUGCCACUCGAUAAAAUCAAGAACAAGAGCGUCAGCCAGAAAUCCUCGAUCGGGAAGCCACACUUUGCGGUUGCCACAGCAGCAGACAGGAAGAAGCUGUACUUCAAUGUGGCUCAGGAACCAAGCGGAAACCAGAUAGUGACCGUCGAAGGUGGUGGCGUGAACGCAACAGUGGUCACUGCAAAUAUCGCUGCUACCAAUGGACUGAUUCACAUCAUCGACAGAGUUCUUGGUGUGCCCUAUACCAAUGUGCUGGAAAAACUUAGAACCGACCCUAUGCUCAAUUCCACCUACUUCCUUGGACAACGCAUCGGAUUCAACAGUCAGCUGAACGAAACGAGGACGCGUUUUACAUACUUUGCCCCACGCGAUUAUGCCUGGAGUGUGUCUGCUAUCAGUUACCCAUCUACUACGAAAAAGAUCUUCAUGCCUGAAUACAGCUAUCAUGCGAGACAAAUCUUAGAACGACACCUCGUGAUAGCAGAUGAGGCGUACACGAUGGCGAAGCUAAGAGAGAUGAAACACAACGAAACCUUCGUUCUUCCUGCAGCCAGAGACAGUUUGAAGCUUCGUGUCCGUGAAGCUGGCGAAAAUGACACGUACGACGAAAACAUGAUCCGACCAAAAACUUUCGGUUACCAGAUCGAGUGGGAGGGUACAUGGAUUCGAGUGUUUCGUCCGGACGUCGAGUGCACCAACGGUAUCAUCCACGUAAUCGACGCAGUCUUACUGAAGGACAGCGACAUCAGAGUGACCGGAACCGCGUCGAUCAGUAGCCUCGCAUCACACUUGAUCAUGAUCCUGGUAGCCAAGUGGCUGCUUUAAGGACGAAUCUCCUCUAAGUCUGUCAUAGGUGCACCUAGGAAUUUAUUUCGGGACCGUCUCCGAUCGUCCUCGUCCAAGAAAACGCAAUGCACGAGAUCCGGAUUCGAACUUCGAACUUGAACUCUGAACUCUUUGAAGGAAGUUGUUUUGAACGCGUGUUCGUUAGAGUCGAUGAUAUCGGUCCUCGAACGACUCUGUUCUCGGAUAUUCAUAGAGAUGGUCCGCGAUCUCUCAAGUGUUGCUGCGUAAACUGUGUUCGAGGGGUUUUGGCUUUCGCCUCGCUUUUAAUGGAAAAAGAAUAAAGGCCCCCUUAUAUGUGUUCCCCGUGAAGAAACCGAGGCACGAUCGAUGGAUCGGGGACGAUCCUGAAUGCGAAGCGACUCCAGGUCGAGACUCUUGACCUGAUCUACAAGAGAAGAUGCCAUGGUUUCUGUCUCGAUCAGACAAGAACCUAACCGAUCGAUAAGCAACGUGGGCGAAGCUUAAACAGGAACCAUACUAUUUAGCAGUUUCAAAGUUGAAUUAUUGUCGUCAGUAAUGGUUCGCUACGAACGUGCAGGUGUUAUUACGUAACUAUAGAGAUUCUUUUGAUUUGAAGUUUUAUCGUAUCGAUAGGAACCGUCAGGUGUCUCGUGCGCGCGCUCGUAUGCCCCAGGAAGUCUAACACGAGAGUCUUCGAGGACCUCGCACGAAUAAAAUACAGAAGAGAAAAUAUUUCAACGGCGACGAUCGCGCGGCGAGGCAAUUUCGCGAGUUAGAGGCGCCAUUGAUCGUACCAAAUGAUAAAUUAACCGUACCAACCAAGUAAGUAAUUUAGAGAAAACUUUACGAACGAGAAAGAACGAACGUGAAGAUAGAGCAGACAUUUCGGGGAACUUUCUUCGAGUACAAGGGCAACGAGGGUUGGCCUUUUCUAGAGCAAUUCUAUUCAAUUUCUCGUUAUGCUGGCAGAGAAGAGCACGUUUCUUCUUGUUUUAUUUUACUCGAUUCAAGUUACCAUGCUGGCGUUCCUCUUUUCUGAACGACCUAGGAUUACGACCAUACGAAAGUUCAACCAAACUGUGGAGGAUCCAAUUGUUCUUUCUAUACCGAUAUUUUAGAAGAAACGCAGGUAUAAGGAUAAUAUAUUCCUAGCGCGUCACGCGUCUAACGUCGGUUUAGAUCGAACGCCGUUGAUCAUUCAGGCCAUAAAACUUUUUCGUACAACAUACGACUCGCCUAAUUAUGGUACUUCGAUUUCAUUAACGAUGAUACGCUAUAGUUCUGUGUGUAUGUAUAUAUGAACGUCAUUUCUCAUGGCGCAUGAAUCAUGCGGCGAGGUACACGAGUCGCCACCUUGUCGACAUCGUCGAAGAAUUAAAUGAAAAUUGGUUCUAUGAGAACUCUGUCGAUGUACAUAACAUAGGUAAAGCUAAGCUUGUCCUAAACUCUGCAAUACUAUCUAUACGCAGAUCUUAAUUAAUCAAUACUACAUUGAGAAAUUGUCUGCUCCAACCAUUAACAGAAGAAAAUCAAAAACAGAAGAAAGUGUAGUAGGAUUUCAUUUUUCUGAAUCCGUUUGGUUCAAACAGUUCAUAUAAUAGGACUUCGAUGAUUUUUUAAUAAUUAUGACCUUUCAUUCAUGUGAAAGAAUUUUACACUCUCAAAUAAAUAGGUUCAAACGGCAGUUAAUUUAGUUCAGGUAUAUCGAUCAAAGAAAGAGUGAUUGGACGAUUGAUAUUAUAUUUUACUUCAAAAUGAGUGACCAUUUUUUUGGAAAGUAGAUAACAACAAGUACAAAAAUUUAAUCCGCGUAUUUAAUUUACACCUCGAGUUUGAAAAAUUAUAUUAUAUAUCGAUACUACGUAUUAAUAUCAUUAAUUGUGUACUAAUUAAAAUUUUUUCUAAUAAAUAUAACAAGAAUUCCAUUAUAGAUACAAAUGUACUAAUAAAAUAAUGUUCGUCUCUCCAAAUCAAAAAAUUAUUCGAAAACAUGAACAAGUCAUCGUGUUAUAAAAAUAGUUAAAAAAAAAAAAAAUAAACUGAGCGAAGAAUGCAGUAUCCCACUAUAGUACUCCAGAGUUAGAAAUCCUCUUGACCCAAAAAACGAAACUUUGAAACGAUAAUUGGGCAUCGUUAACUUUCGACGCGUGGUUUUGCGCCUUAGUUGUGAUUUUCAAUUACACUUGCUCUCUGUAUCAUAUCGUAUUACACUGUUUACUUACUAAUAAUACUGCCACGUCUUAUUGCAAGCCGAAUUAUACUUGCAAACGAGUUUUUGUACGAUUAUCCUUAAAAGAAACGGGAGCUUUGCCCAUUAGAAGUGACUUGAUCACAUUCCGACAUUCUGCAGGUUAUUUGAACGAAUCUUUGCAUUUAAAGAGAAAUUUUCAAGGCGAAUUUGUUUCUUGCUUAACGCAUUCGCUGCUACCGAUGCAUAUUUAUAUUGCGCCACUUAUUGAGUUAGAUUUUAAUUGUAAAUAAUUUUGCUGACAAAGCUAUUCGGUUUUUAAAUUUGUGCCUUUUCAUAAAUGGACAGACUGUAAGAGACAGUGAAUUAAAGAAAAUGUAACUAUUUGAAAUAAUUAUAGUAGCAGUGAAUGUAUUAAUAUGUUACUUGUGCUUGGACUGGGUAAUUAAUUAUUACCAUGCAAGUUCAAGUGGAACCAAAGUUCUUUUUGUUACCAUACUCAAUGCUUGGCAUCAAUUAAGAGUUAAACGUGCGAUUUUAUUCGAAGCAUUAUUCGAGAAAUAUUACAAAUAUUUUCAAAACAUUAAUUGUAUGGAAACAAAUGCAGUGAUUGUACAAGCAUAGGAAUCAUAUGGCAGACGAAGCCUUUGUCUUGUUACUUUUCUGAUUUAUGCGAAAAUUCGUUUAAGCAGACUGCAUAACACGUAAAAUACUCAUUCAGAAACUUUUUUUUAUCGACUGUACAGUGCUAUAUAUAAUAUAUCUAUACAUAUAUAUUAUAUAGAAUCAUCUGUGUCAUUGCACCGUGUCACAAUAAUGUCAUAACCGAGAUUAUUCCCGGAUUUGUAUUUUGUUUCGACUAACGUAUCUCAGUUUAAUCUUCUGCUACUUUAUACCUUUCUUUUUACUUUAUACUAAUAUUAUAUACAAUAACAAUUCCUACUAUACGUAACUGUAUAAUAAUUAUAUGUAAUUAAUUAAUUUGAAUCUAGUGAGUAGUUUAAUUUUUAAACUCCGUAAUCUCACUUGAACUAAUAUACACAUAUGAGAUAGCGAAAGGUUAAACUGUAGACUCGUAAUCAAAAAUCAAGAAACAAAGCCGAAAGAUUAUUAGCAAAUGACACAUCACAGUUUCAUUCCACGAUUAGUAAGAGCUUAGCUAUGUGUGUACAAGUAAUUACAAAAAUCGCGCGUGUCUGUUAAAAACAGAGAAUAGAUACAAUCUAUGAGAAUUAUUAGAGGUCAGUCAGAUAAAAGACGAGAGAACCUGAGUAUUCGAAGGUGAAGAAAGAAACGCCUCGGAAUUUCGUUUCUUCAUAGAGAAUAAAAUAUUGCGACGAAAAUAGGGCAGGGGGAUAAACAAAUAAAAUAGCGAAAAGUGUCGUUCAGUAAUCGAAACGCCGAAACUAAAAAUGGAUGAAAAACAAUGAACGAUCGGAUCGGACUCUGCCGGGUUUCCGGUCGUUUCACGCGCGUUAGUUAGAAAGAAGGAAAAGAGAACACAACAGAAAAAGAAAUAAGAGAAGGCAGAAGACUUGUAAUUAAGAAAUCAUUCAGCUACCGCAAUUCUCUUCGCGAAAAUGAAAUAAAGAAAAAAAAACGGAUUAAUAGAAGAAUUCGAUGUUAUACGUGUUGAUAUCAGUCUAUACAUAUAUAUGAAAAAAGUAAAUAAAUAUAUAAAUAUAAAUAUAUAAUAAACAGAGAGAUAUAUUGACGAGGAAAGAAAGUACGAUUGAUAAAAGACGAGAAGAAACUGAGAGAAAAAAGAGAAAAUAACAGAAAUACUAUCAAACGAUACCUUAAAACUUGUUGUUGGGAUGAAUUGAUAUUAUGAAUUAUUAAUUAUUAUUAUUAUUAUUAUUACAUAUAUAAAUAUACAUAAACUCUAAAUAAACACUGUUUGUUCGUUAGACGAGAACUUAAGAUUGAAAAGUAAAAAAAAAUGGAUAAAAAAAAUAGUAAAACUAUUUCUUCGUGUAGAUGCGUCUUUAAUAUUCAGCUUGUUCAAGCGUAACGCCGAACCGAAAAUCGCAUAUUCGCAGCUGUGUCUGGGUUGUGAAUGGUGUGAAUGGAAAUGCGAGAGACGGAAUUUCGAAAGGAAAUGUCGUCACACGGAACUCCGAAAAAGUAUCACAUACAGGAGAUAAACAGCAUAUCCGACGUACCCUUCUAUUGUUUCUCCCGACGUACUUUUCUUUUCCUCUUAACGGAACUCGGCGAACCCGUUUUCGUAUCGUUUUCACGAUUCGUACAUUAUCGUCCGUAUAUUUUUUGGCAGUUGAUACAAUUUAGUCGAAAAAUAUUAUGAUAUUUUAAAGUUAUAAUUGAAGAACAUUUGUCUUCUAUUAAUUCCUUACGUCGUGCCACAACUGAAAUUUUAAUUUGUCAAUUGAGCAGACGAGUUAGCUCGUUACUCGGAUUCCUAAUCUGUUGAAGUAAAAAUUAAGACAUUCGUCGCUUAUUGAAUAAGAUACUGAAUUAUUUUAUUUUAUAAUUUGAAAGUAUCCGAAUACUUAUGGACAGUAAUGUAUGUCAUUUAAACGCGAAAAUGUGACGAAUAUCCUGGCUAACUCUGAACAUAUACGAUAAAUCUUGCGAAUCGAAAUAAUGAGAAAUCGUGGAUCGUUAAACAGAAAGAAGUCGAACCGAGCGAAUACACUCGAGAUUUGUAGACUCAGUUGCAUAUCCAAACACACAGCAUACACGCCUCUCAGCUCGCUUUUGUCAGUUUUGCUAUAAAAAAGAUCGAAGAAUUCCGAAAUGGAUUGAAACACGUAUGUCAAAAGUAGCGGUAUAUCGGUACAAUUGUAUAGUUCGACGAGGAUGUUUCUCGUGGUUUAAAAAAUCUCGAGGAUAUCUCGUUUGAAGCAUUGUUGCUAUUUGAAAGGGAUCUUUUAAUUUUAGACAGGACGAAAUUUUUGGUACUAAAUAAUUGUACAAUCGUCAUAAAGCACGUGAUACGAGUAAUAAUACAUAUUAGGAAAGACAGUUAUACAAAGUAAUAACUGUUUUGUUAUUUAAAAAGAAUCAUGUCUUGAUCAUAAGGAUCAUCAAAUUAAAAUUUAAUGUAACAUAAUGAUUGGUAAAUGUGGUAAAUUAUAGGCAUUUAAAUCAAAUUUAACUCAUAUCAGAGUUUCGUUGGAAAUCUCUUUGUCCUUACAUAGACGUCUUUCUUCUCAUUAGUCCUCAUUUUGUUAGUUUUUCAUCGUAUCUUUUAUAACACGUUUAAUACCUAAAUUUCGAUACUUGAAAAUCGUAUCCGAAUAUGAAAGAUUGAAUUACUCAUUAAAGUAAUAAAGUGAUAAAAAAAGUAUAUAUCAAUUACGAAUAAUUAAAAAUACUCGACUCAUCAAAAUCAUACUUCGAUUCCAAAAAACUUGGAAAAGGAAGAAGAAUUUAGAAACUUCUUUAAUAUCCUCAAAGUGCCAUUUAUAUCACAUUAAAAACAGACGACUUUUUUCACAGUACAGCGUACUGAAAGAACGUCGUUAUAUUCUGUUCUACGUUCAUAAAAUCUCAGAGCUUGAGCAAAAAUUGAUAAAACUUGAAAUCAUCGCGUUUCAAAUACACGAUAUAUAUGAAUGAAUUUCUUCAAUUAAUAGAUAAGUACGAGAAAGUUGAAUUGCUCGCAAUUAGUUAAACACUCAUCGAGAAUCUCGUACAUAUAUACUUUAGUCCUUGACCAAAGAAGUAGGCGUGUAAAGCGAUCGACGAUUCAUUUUUCUCGCGUACCUCGAUUAAUUAAUUAGAUUCAUUCCUUGUGUGAUAAUUAAUCGUUAAAUUCUUUGAAAAAAAAAACAUCGUUUUGCGUGACUAUUGGUACAUUUUGUAGAUAUAUCUACUAUGUACACUUCAGUAACAGGGAAAAAUACCAUUGCACCAUUGCGUUUGGUGGUCGAAUUAAGUCGCAUUUCUAACACGAUACGUUCCCAAAGAUUCGUUUCCAUCGGCUCUUAUCUUCUCGUUUAUUUCAGAUUCGUUCGUUCGUGAUCUGAUUCUUCCGAUGAGUCGAAAAUCAACAUCUGUUCGAGCUUAAUCGUAGAGUGUGUGUUCAUAAAGGGGAUUCAGUCGUGGCGAGGAAAAAAGAUUCGAAAGCAUGUUAAAAUAUUUUUCGUCGAGAACAUUUAAGAAAAUUAACUUUUUUCUGAAAUUAUUACUUCGUUUGUAAAUGUUCGGAAAUUAUCUACAGUCCUCUGUGAAUUAAUAAUAUAAAGAAUAUCAGAUAAUUGUAAAAAAAAGGUAAAUUAUUAUUAUUCGAUAUUGCUUCCUACGUAUAAAAUUUUCUUCGUAAUAAAUCUAAUUUUUCCUAUCCUCGUAACGAGCUUCUGCUUAUCUAGUAUUUUGCUAAUACUCAUCUAGUAUUUUGUUAUUCAAGUGAAUCAAAUUUACGUAAACAUAAUGUAUAUAAUUACACGUAAUUACGUAAAAGAAAUUCUCCCUCGAAUAUAUAUUUGCGUUCUGUUCUUAAGUAACGGGUAAGGGAAAAGAGAUUCAUACCAAUCGUUCCUCGAAGCAAUCAUUCUGUCACCGUCACUCUGUUAUUACCAUUAUCGAUUCUAUGAUGUAAGAAGUUAUUGUCUGAAUUUUAGGAACUAGCACUAAGGCAUCGUUCGCAGGAACACAAGCGAAAAUCAUCGCGAAAUUCAACUUCAUAUGCACGUUUCCUACGUAGCUACCUAUACAUCACACGUGUCUAUAGAGGAUACUGUUCAAGCAGGUUGCUGAACUUUGAGAAAGUAUAUUGCUGACGCUGAGGGUGAAUUAAAAUUUUGUUCAACUAAUGUUGAGGUUAAGCUAUUCUUCGCAUAUAUUAUAUACGACACUAAAAAACUGAAAAUUUAAACGUUAAACUGCUACAUAUGACUUCUUUUCGAACGAACAUUCCAGAAUAAUUUUACGAUGAUUUUACUCGCAAUUCUAUUUUUAUGAAAAAUUAUUGAUGAAGCAUUUUAGAUCAAUGUGCCUAAGACAUUGUUAAAUUUCGCUUUUCAAAAAUCAUAUUUGAUUAAUAACAAAAAUAACAAAUAUUAUUGCUAAAAAGCGUUAUUUUAAAUCGCACCGAUAUUUACAAGUCUGUUAAUUAAAAGAUGACGAUAACGAUAAGAUUAAAUUUGCAUUCGUAAGCUUUCACUACAGAACACGCGAAACUCUAAACCAAAGUUUAGCCCUGCAUGGAGAUGUUUCUUGCAGCGAACGAACGUCGAACAACGUUUUCUCUAUACUCGUCGUCGUAGAUCCUUCCGAAUCGCGCGUUUUCUUCAGCCACGUGUUGCCAUUUGCAUUUAUGUCACUACGAAACCACGAAACAUCACUCAAUCCUCAUAAUCGCCCUUGUGAUUAGCGAUCGUUAGAACAUUACGAGAAUUUUUUUCUCAAUUAUUCGCAAAUACACAACUGGUGAUUUAAAUGCAACUAGUAAUUAACGUAUAUGGCACCUUUACGUAACGUAAAAUCAUUACUAAAUAAGGGUAUAAUAGUCGAUAACGAGAUAACGUAUAAGAGAGGAGGACGAGUUUGUUCAUUUUGAAAAAUCGCGGACGAAACAAGAAAACGUAAGGUAUAAUAAGUGAUUUAAUAUUUUAAGAGUUGGAUAUAGGUACCGUCAAGAUUAAAACGGGAUUUAACUAAUUGAAUUUAAAUAAUUAAAUUUAACUAAGGAUUAUUUAUUAGCUAUUAUAUAUAUAUAUAUUAUAUAAUAUAUAAAUAUAUAUAUGUAUAUUAUAUAACUAUAUUAUAGUAGGGGAAUCAAAUUUUACGUACCACAGAGCUAUUUGUACAAAAGCCGAUUUUAUUUCGAUCAUUCAUCCAUGGAUUAAAGCGUCGCUCGAUAUUUAAAUUGCCAAGCAGAGCAACACUCGAUUUAAGUAACAUACACAUAUAUACAUAAUUAUAUUUUAGAUAAUUAACCAGCAGAGGAUUCUAGUUUUCUUCUUAGGGCUUAGAUGUACAUGUAUUACAUUUGUCUGUAUUUUCAGAGUUAAUCAUUAAGUUUCUUUCUUUCUCGAAAUCACGCGAUUAUCGCGAGGGACGACAGAAACUUCUUGUGUAAAAUUUUUAUGAGAGAAUUCGCGCAUUUCGAGCCACCUGAAUUUACAAAUGUGUGUGUGUCUGUAUUCGUAGGGCGAACGACGUGACAUCAGUGCCCAAUAAUAGUAAAAUUGCCUCCCAACAAUAAUAAAUAAAUAAAAAUAAAUAGAUAAAAAAAAGAAAAAAAGGUAAAAAUAAGGAAUAACAAGUUAAAAGGAAUUUUUUUCUGGUUUGGGAAGAUCGUACGAAUGCAACGGUACUUUGAUCGUCGUUUGCCCAAUCGUUGAACGAUCAUGUCACUUGUAUCUCGCUUGACUACACUGUGUAGACUGUGGUCGCUUAUGCUGUAUGAUUUUACAAAGAAUAAAGAACACCUAUAAGAUAGUUUAAGUGGGUUUCGUUGAUUGAAACGUGUCGUUCUCGCGGGAACGGAAGCGUAUCGUGUUUCGAUAAUUUCCAGACUUCACGUCGCGAAAUCACACCAAUAUUGAACAAGCAAAAUAUACCCAUGAAGUUAUUUUAGCAUGGUAUACAUCUAUUUAGUAACGAAACGAAAUGUCCACGAGUCGUUCAAGAAAGAAACGCGAAUAUCUAUGUUCUUAAAUUUUGCAUCGUAAAUUAUGAUAUUAUUUUGGCUGUAUAAUUUUACAAAAAAUAAAGAAUACUUACGAAACAA